GUUAACACAGGACCACCAUCGCACUCAGGUGGCCUGCGCGCACUUAUAAGUUGGUGUCUCUCCGUGUGUGGUUAAUUUUCACUAGGUAUCUACAGUGUACCCUAAACACUGUCCAUCUCUUUUCUUUUAAGUAUCUCAGAGUACUCUAGCUAACUUCAGCUUCUUGCAUUUCCUAAAAACCGACAUAUAUGUCGCAACAGUAACUCUCACCUUACCAGAUCGAUCCUUCUUUUCUUCGUUUUAAUCUUUUCUGUACGUGUACUGCUCUCUGUGAACUGUGCCAAAUCAUAACUCAAACUAAUAAAUCCAAGGUGCUAGACUGCUAGCAGCUAGUUGAGAGCGAAAGAUCGGCCCGGCCACAUCGAUAUGUAUCCUCUUCUUGGCAACAACACUACUACUAAUGAUGAAAACUCAUCAUCACAGCCUCAUCAUCCUCACCUCUACGACUACAACUCACCUUUUCUUCAAGAUCACGACGGAGUAGUCUUGAGCUACUUGCUUUCGCAGCAGCAGUUCUUAAUGAUUGACACUAAUUCAUCUCUGUCGGCUGAAAUCAGCGUCGCCGCUUCAAACCAAGGGCUAACGGAGGAGAAGAUCCACAGCUCGAAGAAGAAGAAAAAGGCGGCAGCUCCGAGAAAGAGAAGCAGUGGAAAGAAGGAUCGGCACAGCAAGAUCUGCACGGCUCAGGGCCCGAGAGACCGGAGGAUGAGACUGUCGGUUCAGAUCGCCCGGAAGUUCUUUGAUCUUCAAGACAUGCUUGGUUUCGACAAGGCAAGCAAGACCAUCGACUGGCUCUUCACAAAGUCCAAGUCUGCCAUCAAGGAACUGAAGCAACACGUGGUCUUGCCGAGUUGCAGUAUUAGCACCAUUGGUACGGCAAAGCACAUUAACUCCCUCUCUACUUCUACCGAGAGUAAUGAAGUUGUAUCUAAGACAAUGCAGACUCAUUGUGCUCUUAAGGGUGAAUCUUCCAUCAGCAGAAUGAAUAGAGAUCCGAAAAAGAACACGAGAAGAUUAUGUUUGGUUGGAAAGGGAUCGAGGGACGAGGCAAGAGCAAGGGCAAGAGAAAGAACAAGGGAGAAAAUGAGGAUCAGAUCAAGCUGCCAAACUAGUCGGGAUGAAGCAAACCCUAAGGAUCUAGGGUUGUGCUUUGGGGAGGAAGCUGAGAAACACUUCAAUCGUGAAUUGCUUGAACAAGGUGGAACAAAUUCCAUGAUGAAGAGCAAUGCUGAUGAUCACAAAACUCUCAUGGGAAGAUCAAUUAGUGCAUCGAGAAGCAGGCCAAGUUUCGAGGAUGAAGGGGGUGAAUUUCCGGGUUUUACUGGGAAUUGGGCUACCAAGAUGCAGUCAUUUCACCGCAAGAUGACAACAAACGUGAUCAAGUCAUUUACAGGUAACAACGUGCUGCAAGUAGAAAACCCUAGUACACCAAUGAUGGGCAUAACCACCAAACAACAAGAGCCUAGUAGUACUACUAAUUCACUUCUCUCUUUCAGUAGUUCAAAUUCCCAAGAACAAAACUAUUCUGGUACUUCAAUUUCCAUCACUCCCAUACCAAAACCAAACGCACAAGAAUUACUAAACCCUUGCUCAAUAAAUUUCAUGCCCAACCAAGACCAAGACCAUAACCCUAAUUCAAUUUUCAUAACCACCUCGAUUUCUCAAGAUCAAAACCCAGGCCCGUUCCUCAAGUUUAACUGAGACCGGUCGAUUCAAUUAUAUAUCAUUCUUAAUUAAGAAGCUUCUUGCACUAUGCUGCAAUGCAGGGUUUAUAUUUUGAAGUGGGCUAGUUACUAUCUUUGAAAGUGUAUGCAUGAAGGAGAAGAGCUAAAUGUUUUCAGUAGUACUGCAAUUUGCUCCAUUCAAAUUUUA